AUGCAGCAGCAAGCCAGUCCCCCUCAGAACACCUGGCCAACCCCAGCCCCCAUCAAUCCCAACCACACCACCCCGUCCACCUCAUCCAGCUCCCCAAGUAACAACCCAUACUCCACCAAGAGCCACCACCAUCACCACCACCAACAACAAGCACACCACCAUUCCGCUGCCCAUCGGGAACCUCGACCCUCGAACUCCACCCGACGGACCUCAUCAAAUACCUCCACCACCACCGCCGUCCAGGCCCACCAACUCUCCUACUACCAGCAGCACAUGGCCGAUCUGGCUACCUACAUCACUCAAGUCUUCCUCCCAUCUGUUCUCCCCACACCCGAAGAAUAUCAGAUCAAGGAGCAAACUCGUCAAUACCUCGAAACCUUGGCCGAUAGGAUUUCAAAGGGUGCCAGGCUACUUCCAUUCGGCUCAAUAGCAUCUGGCUUGGCCCUGCGUAAUUCGGACAUGGAUCUGUGUUAUCUUGCCGAGCCGGGGAACAAGAUCGACAAUAAUAAACCGGACAAAGAAAGAUCGGCUGAUCCUAAUGAUACUACCGAGAGUAGUAUGAAUCCCGAUUCUAAAGAAGCCGACGGAAAACAGCCUUCCUCAACACCCCCCACCGACGAUGUCUCCGCUACGCCCGCCGCCACAUCAAAUCAGCAGCCUAACCAAGCGGAAGAAGAGGAGAAAGAGCAGAAACCUAAACCCACUCCUGCUGAGAUGGUCAUGAUCCUUGGCAAACUAAUCCAAGAAGAAACUGCAUUCACCGUUAAGAUGCUCCCGAAAGCUCGAAUCCCGAUCAUCAAGCUCUCUCUACCCCCCUCUCUAGGUCAACCAUUUGGAUUAUCUUGUGAUAUCGGAUUUGAAAAUCGUUUAGCUCUUGAAAACACUAGACUUUUGCUCACAUAUGCUAUGGUUGACCCAAGGAUGCGAACAAUGGUCUUGUUUCUCAAAGUCUGGUCCAAACGGCGGCGAAUUAAUGAUCCAUACUUGGGAACACUAAGCUCAUAUGGAUACGUCUUGAUGGUAAUCUAUUACCUGGUUAACGGCCGCAAAGCGCCUGUAUUGCCAAAUUUACAGCAGCUUCCUCCACCAAGAGUAACGCCCCCGGAGGAUACAGUUUACGAAGGACACGACAUAUACUUUUUUGAUGAUCUGGACGCCUUACCCCGCUUCUGGGUGGGUAUGAAUCGGGAAAAUGUUGGCGAACUCUUGAUCGAGUUCUUCCGGUUCUUCUCCAGCACGUUCCGGUACACGCAUGAUGUCAUCAGCGUCCGUACGCCCGGGGGCUUAAUGAGCAAGGAGUCCAAAGGAUGGAUGCACGAUAACAUCGAGGAAAGUAAAGACGGCCGCGGCGGGUUCUUGAAGAUCGAUCUGAAUCGCUUGUGUAUCGAGGAUCCUUUCCAAACUAACUAUAACGUCGCACGCACCGUUACACGGGAUGGGUUGUUUACUAUCCGAGGAGAAUUCAUGCGAGCUGUGAGGGUCUUAUCCACUCGCACUGAUCGGCUUGAUGUCAUGAUCAGAGAACUUUGUGAAGAGAGGCAAGAAGGUGUGUUGAUGGCCCCUCCUUCCAGCUCAGGACGACGAAAAUCUGCGCCUAAUCCUAAUCCCAAAGCUUCCCUCAACAUGAGUAUCUCUGGCAGCACCACUCGCGAAGAAGAAGAAGAGGAAGACGACCUCGAAGAGCAGUUGUUACUCCAACAGCAGCAACAAGCCCUCAUGAGCUCUGAACAGCAACCCUCGUAUCCACCCCUCACAACCAGGCUGAUGCAAGAUCAUAUCUAUAGCCAAGCGACCUCAUCUAUGGACGCGCGGCCUCGCUACCCGCCUGAAAGUAUUGCUUCAGAGCCACCACCACUAGAUCGUGAUCUGGACUGGAAUCAUGAGUCCAUCAGUGGCUAUUUGUCCAGCGAAAUCCAGCAAUUGCAACUCCAACAACAUCAACUCCAACAACAAGCAUCCACCAACCCCCAAUCGUUGUCUCACCCUGUUCCUCAUGUCUCGGACUCAUAUAAGUCUUCUAAACCAGCCACCUCAGCUGCAUCAGCUGGACAUUACUUUCAUCGGUUUUUUCAGACGGCUGGAUCUGAGAACUGGAAUGCUCAGGCAUCUACCUCAAGCUCUCUGCAUCAAUCCAGCAUGGCCUCCUCGCCCGCCUUUUUUUACGACUCCGAAUCACUCGAUCCAAAUCUGCCCCUGAGUCCGACCUCAAUACCUAAACACUCCUCUGGGGGUCGUCGACAAAAGGCUGCUGCCUCUGAGAUCAAUAGAGACGAGCUUGGGUCAAACUCCCGCGGAUUACAUGCUUCAACAUCCUCAAGUAGCAAGUCGCGGUACAAUAACCAGACAAUCAACAGUGGGCGGCCACCCAGAAGUAUGUCACACAGCACGAUGAAUCCUCGAAGGCGAAGUGAACAACCUCAGUCUGCACAUCAAACUCUACUCAACUCGACCGGGCCGCCGAUCAUCAUGUCUUCCAAUGGCCGGAUGCCAGACUUCUCUCUGUUACCACUCCCAGGCCCAAUCAGGUUCGGGAAUUUCGGAACGACCGAGAGGCUACCAAAACAGAAAUUUGACAGCCCACAGCGGGUAUUGGGACGAUCCGUCCCAGCUGGCUACUAUCAUCAUACCAACGGCUAUCCUUCCACAUCGUUCCAACAACAUGAGCUGAGUAGUCAUCAGAUGAUGUCUCUGACCCAAGAUAUGAUCGCAUCGCAGCGUGCAGAUGGAACUUCUGAAGAACAGCUACCAUCACAUCAGGCGUAUCAAAGUUCCUGGCAAGGUCAUCAUGAUCCACAGCGGGAGGGGAUGUUCUUGGCAGCCCUCAAUGAAUCGGCUCGAAGGCGCUCAUUAUCAAAUGGAGCAACCUCCACACAUUCAUCAGCCAUAUCAUUUGAUGAACUAUCGAAGCCGCGCUUGUCACUUUUAGAGAAUGAGGACGAGGGUAAUCGAGCAGGUGUGGAGACGCCGCGAGCGAGGUCGAGUCUUUCGCCAGUAUGUGUCGGUGGCCAAUCCACGCGGAUCAGGGAUCUGUCAGAACACCGUCGGAGUUCAGAUCGGUCAACGUCCUCCUUUACUCGAGGCGCUCCCUCGAACUCUUCGUUGUCCCAACUACCCCGGAAGAUCGUCUUUGGGGAUGUCGAGGUGUCAACUGAGACAGCCAAGGAGGUCCGGGUGAAGGCGCUGGCGGCGGUGAUGCGCACACGGCGAAUGGGAUCGCUCAACAAUCAUUCCUCGCGACGAUCUGAAGUCGCCGGGAACGUGGUGUCUUCCGAUAGCAGCAGCAGUCCUGGGAGCCGGGAAGGGCGGAGCAGGGUUGCGGGGCCGAGCGGCGAAGUUCAAGGUCAGCCCACCAGCGCCAAGCCCGACACGGUCCAUUCGAGCCGGUCGAGUAGCGCGCGCAGCCACCAGCAUCCCGGCCAGAAGAGCAGGCCCCAAGCGCCCGCCCUGUUCGAUGGCCAUGCCUCUGUGUCCGCCCUUCUUGGCGGCGAGGAACAGCAGACGAAGGCUGCGGCUGUCGGCCCCUCAUCAUCCUUGGAGACCCUGUAUCCCACCCCGCAGAGUCCAUCCAUCGUCCCAGCGGUCGCCUUAGACUCCAAGCUUCGUUGUAACACCACCGACACCAGCAGUAGUAGUCGGAGUGCUAGUAAUAGCAAGGACCGGCCCCGCAGGGCGUCUCCAACCCUUCCCUCCCCCUCCACCGACGACCGCCCGCAGACCGCCGGCCCUGCACUCGCAGCCGAGCUUCCCGUCGUGGAUGUUCAAGAGGCCAAGACCGGCCCUGCUCUCUUGCCCGCCGUGCCCGGCUCGCCUAUCCCUCAAAACUCCGGCUCCCCUCCUCUUCCUGCUUCUUCCUCGGUUACCAUUCAGCUUGGUCCGCCUCAACUCGACCAUCCCAUUAUCUAG